UUACAAAAUGGAGGAUGCCUUUCAAGUAAUUUCGUACGAGAUGAAAGAUUUCUAUUAUAACGUAUAGUCUUUCUCGUAACACAAUUAUUGGAGGCUUGAACUGAAAGUGACAUUAAACGUCAAAAUGGCACUUGAAAGAGCCAAGUUUUGUGAGACUCCGAUGUUCAGUUGCAGCAAGACGAGGGGUCUCCCGGGAUUGCCGCCCUUGCCGUCUUCUGUCACAGAAUCUUCAGAUUUGUAUCAGAUUGUUCUGAGAAACAGUGAACAUCCUCCGCUGAUGAAAGGGACGUCAUGGACUUUGGCAUCACCGUUCAAAGAAGAGAAGUACCACCGGACGCCGAGCGAAUCCAUCGCUAAUAACUACACGCCAUCAGCCAGCAGGCUCAAACUCAGAGAGAUGUCAAAACUUUCAAGACCAAAAACAAAAGGGAAGCCACUGCCUCCAAUUCAACAUGCAGAGUCAAGACUAAAGAGUCCUCGAAAAGCCUUUGGUCGAAGUAAAACUGUGUAUCCAAAUCAAACAAAUGGCGACAUAGGUGAUCAGUUUGCUGGACAGUGGAUCCCGGAAGUGGAGGAGCUACCUCCGAGCCGACCUCUGACCCCGACAGAGCAGAUGGACAUCAUGUUGGCUAUAGAGGAAGAAGUGAAGUCUGAGACAGGAGAACCGUCGGAGAAAGACUUGGAGCGGUACUACUACUACAUCAGGAAGGGUAUUGUGCCAAGUAUGCUGGCCCCUCAGCCACAGAUGCAGCUGAAGAACAUACAGAGCCACGUUCCCGACAGUCUGUUAACCAACCCCGAACUGGAGUCCACCACCCAGGAACUGCUCGAGGAAAUCAACUUGGAUUAUGAGUACAGUCUUCGGAAAACUAUAGUUGACUACAUCUUGAAAGAUCCACAAGAGAAAAAUCGCCUUCAUAUUAAAUGGACUCCCAAGCCUUUCCCACAGAGAAUCGUUCGUGCCCCAGUUCCCUGGCACCUAACGUACCAACAGUGCAAGUCUUACAAUGACAUUCAUCUGUUCAUCACAAACAGGAUCAUGCAGGAACUUCAAGACAUUUGGUUUGACGAAUUCUGCCAUCAGCGGUUUGUGAACCUCAAGGAGCUGAUGGUGGCCGAUCUGCCACUGCUACCCACCGAGUUCGAGUCUCUCAUCAAGAAACAGUGCUGGGCCGCACACGAAGUCCUCCGCAAAACGUGGAUUCCGAAGUGUGCACAGGUGUUCCAGGAGAAGAAGGACAUGUGGCAGUACCUGGUCCCACCCAACGACACCGACUCCACCGAGGUCGUCGAGGAAUUCUUCUCGUCCGUCGCCGCACUCAUGUCCAUCCAGCUCCGCAGCAUGGUGAUCAACUCCCUCGCUGACUUCCUCGAGUUCUUCCAGAUACACCAGGCAGGUAAUGAUUUUGGUGAGGUGUUUGACGAGUUGCAGUACGUGAUGCCCCAGGUGAUGAUCAUCAAGCUAAAAGUGGAGGAUCCGAAGAUCGUCUUCGAGCCGCCGUUCAGAGAGAUCCGCGACAUCAUCCUGCGGUGCUUCUCCGAGAUCAUCGCCAGUGGAGACGGACUCAUGCGGGUUGAAUGUGAGCUGUUUCCUGACAUGAGAGGUCAGCGUUUGUUGCUGCGGUCAGUGAAGCUCCAGGAGUCUCUGGUCACGCAGUAUGUGGACAGUGUGAUGGAGAUCUUCAAAAACAACACGCUCGGACCUCAGAAGUACUUGAACACGUACAAGAAAUAUUCUGAUUUGCUCAACAACAAAGCUGACCAGGAUGUGUCUGCGUUUCUGCGUGAGAAACAUUCCAUCCAGGCAUUCAAGGAGAAAAUAACGUCACUGAAUGACCUGAAGGACGAGAUAGCCCUGCUACGAAUCACAGUUCCUCUCAGCAUGUACUGUCUGGACUGUGCCAGUCUGAACGUGGAACUCUGUCAGCGCACAAACCGACUCAAAGAUCGACUCGUCACCUUUUCCAUGGACGAGAACCGAGAACUCAACAGAGGUAUCUGUAAGAAGUACGACGAGAUGGCUGACCGAGUGAGUGAGAUUCCCGAGACUACUAGUGAACUGGUUGAGAUCCAGGAGUUCCUCAAGACGUCGAUGGAGAUAACUGUGUACAAACUGAUGGAUGAAAUCAAUGAAGCUGCCAACAGACUGAUGUUCCUGCUGGACUAUGCCAUCUUCCCAUGUAUCAAUGGUAUAUUUGAGGACAUCAAGCUGAACAGCACAGUGUUCCACUGGCCAGAGCACAUCCAGACGGUGUUCGACAUGAGUCAGAACCGCAUCAUGAACAAGCGCGAACACAUCGAGGAUGACCUGAGGAAGCGAAUCCUCGCCUUCGAGGACCAGCUCAACAACUACAUGAAGGAGGUGGAGGCCUACAGGAAGAAAGAGUUCCUGAGUGUGGAUGAGAUGAAGUCGAACGUCGACCAGCUGGCCCAGCUGCACAUCAACCUGGAGAAGGCUCGCGAUGACCUCGAGAAGAUCAACGAAGAAGAAACCCUGCUGGAGUGGGAGAUGAGCAGCUUCCCCCAGCUACAGCAGAUGUUCGUCAUGAAGGACCCGUACGAGAAACUCUGGACCACUGCCUACAACUUCCACCUCAAACACGACCAGUGGCUCAACGGUCCAUUUGUAAACCUGAAUGCGGAGGAGAUAGAUUCUGAAGUGAGUGACAUGUGGAGAACGAUGUACAAACUGACCAAGGUGUUCAAUGACCAGCCCGGCCCACGGAGGAUUGCGGACAGCAUCAAGGGCAAGAUUGACAAGUUCAAGGUUCACCUGCCCAUUCUGCACACCAUCUGUAACCCAGGCAUCCGGGAUCGCCACUGGGACUCGAUGAGCGACAUUGUGGGCUUCAACAUCAAACCAGACGAGGAGUCUUCACUGUACCAGAUGUUAGAAUACGGCUUGAACAAGAACCUGCCUCAACUGGAGGAGAUUGGGGCAGCUGCUGCCAAAGAACAUUCUCUUGAGAAAGCUCUCGAGAAGAUGAAGUUUGAAUGGAAGGACCUCGCCUUUGAAAUGAUUCCAUACAGAGACACCGGCGUGGCCAUCCUAUCGUCUGUAGAUGACAUCCAGGUUCUGCUGGAUGACCACAUAGUCAAGGCUCAGACGAUGCGUGGCUCGCCGUUCAUCAAACCCUUCGAGGUCGAGAUGAAGGAGUGGGAAGACAAGCUGCUGCUCAUGCAGGAUAUUCUAGACGAGUGGCUCAAGUGUCAAGCCACGUGGCUGUACCUGGAGCCGAUCUUCAGCUCAGAGGACAUCAUGGCUCAGAUGCCGGAAGAAGGCCGCAAAUUCGGCAUUGUGGACAGCUACUGGCGCGACAUCAUGACCGAAGCUGCCAAGAACACCAACUGCCUGGUGGCCACUGGUCAGCCCAACAUGCUGGGGCGACUGCGCGAGGCCAAUGUCCUGCUGGAGGAGAUUCAGAAAGGACUCAACGCAUACCUCGAGAAGAAGAGGUUGUACUUCCCCAGAUUCUUCUUCCUCUCUAAUGACGAGCUGUUGGAGAUCCUGUCAGAGACCAAAGACCCGCUGCGAGUUCAGCCGCAUCUCAAGAAGUGUUUUGAAGGAAUCGCCAAACUGGAGUUCACGGAAACACAAGAGAUUGUUGGAAUGAUAUCUGCUGAGAACGAAGUGGUGCCCUACUCCACUAAAAUCAUACCAGCCAAGGCUAAGGGUAUGGUAGAGAAGUGGUUACUGCAGGUGGAGGACGUCAUGAUCAGUAGUGUUCGUAAGGUUAUUCUUGACUCAAUCGCCGCGUACACACAGACGCCGCGUAAACGCUGGGUUAUCGAGUGGCCCGGCCAGGUCACGCUGUGCGUCAGUAGUAUAUUCUGGACUCAGGAGGUCGUCGAGGCCAUGAAGACUCCUGAUGGAAUGAAAAAAUACCUAGAGAAAAGCAAUGGACAGAUUGAAGAGAUUGUGGAACUUGUACGCGGUAAACUGGAGGGAGGAGCCAGGAUUACCCUUGGGGCCCUUACUGUAAUUGACGUUCACGCACGUGACACAGUGUUCAGCUUGACGAGAGACAACAUUCGGAGCCCUCACGACUUUGACUGGCUCGCCCAGCUGCGCUACUACUGGGAGGAUGAUGUCAUUGUGCGCAUGAUUACCACAGACAUCAACUACGGCUAUGAAUACCUGGGCAACACGCCGCGCCUGGUGAUAACUCCGCUCACAGACAGGUGUUACAGAACUCUGAUGGGAGCAUUGAAGUUGAACCUGGGAGGGGCACCGGAAGGCCCCGCGGGGACAGGUAAAACAGAAACGUGCAAAGACUUGGCUAAAGCCGUUGCUAAACAGUGUGUGGUCUUCAACUGUUCCGACGGCCUCGACUUCAAGGCCAUGGGAAAGUUCUUCAAGGGUUUGGCCCAGGCAGGAGCGUGGGCGUGUUUUGACGAGUUCAACCGCAUUGAGCUGGAGGUGUUGUCUGUGGUGGCUCAACAGAUUCAGAGUAUCCAGAUUGCGAUCGCAGCCAACCUCAAGAGAUUCAUGUUUGAGGGGACGGAGUUGUCGCUGAAUCCAACCUGCACCAUGUUCAUCACCAUGAACCCAGGAUACGCUGGCAGGCAGGAGCUGCCAGACAACCUAAAGGUGUUGUUCCGUACAGUGGCCAUGAUGGUGCCGGAUUACGGUAUGAUCGGAGAAAUCGUACUCUACUCUGUCGGAUUUGUCGAUGCUAGGAGCUUGUCUAACAAGAUUGUUGCGACGUACCGGCUGUGUUCGGAGCAGCUGUCGUCACAGCACCACUAUGACUACGGCAUGCGUGCCGUCAAGUCGGUGCUGACAGCGGCAGGCAACCUCAAACUGAAGUUCCCAGAAGAGGCUGAAGCCGUGCUGCUGUUGAAAGCCAUCAAUGAUGUCAACCUGCCCAAGUUCCUCUCUCAGGAUGUGCCACUGUUUGGAGGUAUUAUCUCUGAUUUGUUUCCUGGAGUCGACUUACCAAAACCGGAUUACGGCGUCUUUAUGGAGGCUCUCAAAGACAACAUUGCCAAGCGUAAACUGCAGCCAGUUCCGUGGUUCAUAGAAAAAAUUAUUCAGGUUUACGAGAUGAUUCUAGUGCGUCACGGUCUAAUGAUCGUGGGCGAGCCGCUGGGCGGUAAGACGAUGGCCUGGCAGGUGCUGGCGGCGGCGCUCGGAGACCUGUGUGUGUCAGGACAGUACGAGGAGUUCAAGACCAUCUACCGAAUCAUCAACCCCAAGGCUAUCACCAUGGGCCAGCUGUACGGCUGUUUUGACCCCGUGUCUCAUGAAUGGAGUGACGGUGUGCUUGCAAAUACAUUCCGAGAGUACGCCAGCAAUCCAAAUGAAGACAGGAAGUGGAUUUUGUUUGAUGGUCCGGUUGAUGCAGUGUGGAUAGAGAACAUGAACACUGUGCUUGACGACAACAAGAAACUGUGUCUGAUGAGUGGUGAAAUCAUUCAGAUGAGUAACAAGAUGAAUCUGAUCUUCGAGCCUGCCGACCUGGAGCAGGCGUCCCCGGCCACCGUGAGUCGGUGUGGCAUGAUCUACCUGGAGCCGCACCAGCUGGGCUGGCGGCCGUUCAAAGACUCAUACAUGCAGCACGAGCUGCCCACCCAGCUGUCAGCGGAGGACCGAGAGCUGGUGGAGGACCUGUUCGAGUGGCUCGUCGACCCGUGUCUGCGCUUUGUCAACAAGGAGUGCAAGACGUUCAUCAGCACCUCAGACAUGCACCUCAUCCAGUGCCUCAUGAAGAUGUACACCUGUCUGAUGGACGAGAUCAAAGAGACGCUCGCCAUCGUGCUCGAGGAGGGGCAGGAUCCACCGGCGAACAUGUUGACAAACCAACAGAUCACACUGUGGCUUCAAGGUCUGUUUCUUUUCUGUGUGAUCUGGACGAUUGGAGGCACGAUCACCAGCGACAGUCGUAAGAAGUUUGACAAUUUUUUUCGCACGCUCAUCAGUGGCACAGACCAGAACCACCUGAAACCAAAGAGUAUCAAAAUCACCAAGAGUAAUUCAAUCCCGGAGCGUGACACAGUGUUUGACUUCUGUUUUGAGAAGAAAGCCAGUGGUCACUGGGUCACCUGGAUGGACACCAUUGACAAGUCUCUGAUGACCAUCUCGCCACAGGCCAAGGUAUCGGAGUUGAUCAUCCCAACCAAAGUGACAGCUCGACAGAGUUACUUCCUCAGCCUCUAUCUGAGUCACGAGAUGUCCAUGCUCUUCAUUGGGCCGACCGGAACGGGCAAGUCGGCCAUUACUAACAACCACCUUCUCGGACUGCCCAAAGACUUAUACAUUCCCAACUGCAUCAACUUUUCUGCCAGGACAUCGGCCAACCAAACACAGGAUAUUGUCAUGUCCAAACUCGACAGACGUCGUAAAGGCCUGUUUGGUCCGCCGAUGGGUAAGAAGUCUGUGGUGUUUGUGGAUGACCUGAACAUGCCUGCCAAGGAGAAGUACGGAGCCCAGCCACCCAUCGAGCUGCUCCGACAGUGGAUCGACCACGGGCACUGGUACGACAGGAAGGACACCACAAAAGUCUUCCUCGUAGACGUCCUGUUUGUGUCUGCCAUGGGUCCCCCUGGUGGAGGUCGUAAUGACAUCAGUGGGCGGUUUUCCCGCCAUCUGAACAUUGUUUCCAUUGAUGAGUUUGACGAUGACACGAUGACGCGCAUAUUCACCACCAUCACGGACUGGCAUUUCUCAAAAGGCUUUGAGUCGUCAUUUCCAAGAAACGGAAAGCUUCUGGUGGCAGCCACCAUGGGUGUGUACAAAGAGGCAAUCGUGAACUUCCUGCCGACCCCGACAAAGAGUCACUACGUGUUCAACUUGCGUGACUUCUCACGCGUCAUCCGAGGAGUCCUUCUCGUCCCGCCCACACACAUGCUGGAGCCCGAGAAACUGAUGAGACUGUGGAUCCAUGAGGUCUACCGAGUCUUCUACGACCGGCUCACUGAUGAACAGGACAGAGUGACGUUUUGUCGCAUAGUGCGGGAGAUGUGUCAGAACCACUUCAAGCAGAACCUGGACAAGAUCCUGGGUCACCUGUCAAAGAGCGGCACGGUGGAGGAUGAGCACAUCCGCAGUCUCUUCUUCGGCGACUACAUGAACCCCGAAAACAAGGUGUACGACGAGGUGACCGACCUCAAGGAGCUCACCGCCACCAUGGAACACUACCUGGAUGAGUACAACACGAUGAGCAAGGCUCCCAUGCACCUGGUCAUGUUCAAGUUCGCCAUUGAGCACAUCUCGCGAGUCAGCCGCGUUCUGCUGCAGGACAACGGGCACUCCCUGCUGGUCGGUAUUGGUGGGUCUGGGCGACAAAGUGCAGCAAAACUGGCGACUUUCAUGGCCGACUACGAACUGUUUAUGAUAGAAAUUACAAAGAACUACGGAACCAGUGAGUGGCGAGAAGAUCUGAAGAAGCUGUUGGUCAAGGCUGGUACAGAGGGUAAACCGAUCGUGUUCCUGUUCUCAGACAACCAGAUCAAGGAUGAGUCGUUCAUGGAAGACAUCAGUAUGAUCCUCAACACGGGCGACGUGCCCAACAUCUUCCCGUCCGAUGAGAAGGCCGAAAUCAUUGAGAAGAUGCAGGUCGUCGCACGGAACGAGUUUUUUCGGAGAGGUAAGAAAAUGGAUGCCACGCCACUGGCCAUGUACAACUACUUCAUCGACCGUGUCAAACAGAACCUGCACAUUGUGCUGGCCAUGAGUCCCAUCGGAGACUCGUUCCGCAACCGACUGCGAAUGUUCCCCUCACUCAUCAACUGCUGCACCAUAGACUGGUUCCAGGCGUGGCCCGAGGACGCCCUGGAGAUGGUUGCUAACAAGUUUCUUGAAGACGUUGACCUGGAAGACCAGGUGCGCCACGAGACGGUGGUCAUGUGUAAACACUUCCACGAGAGUGUGCGCAAGAUGUCCGAGAGGUACUUCAGUAUGCUGCGUCGCCACAACUACGUGACGCCCACGUCUUACCUCGAACUCAUCCUCACGUUCAAGAGUCUCCUGGGCGUGAAGCGCGACGACAUCCUCAAGAUGAAGAACCGCUACCUCAACGGGCUGGAUAAGCUCGACUUCGCCGCCUCGCAGGUCUCCGUCAUGCAGGAGGAGCUCACCAACCUCCAGCCCGAGCUCAUCAAGACGUCGGCCGAGACUGAGAAACUCAUGAUCAAGAUCGAACAGGACACCGUGGAGGUGGAGGCCAAGAAAGAGGUUGUUGCUGCUGAUGAAGCUAUAGCGAACGAAGCUGCCGCUGUGGCCCAGGCGAUCAAGGACGAAUGUGAGAGUGAGUUGGCCGAGGCAAUCCCUGCGCUGGAGGCGGCCAUCUCAGCCCUGAACACGCUCAAACCCCAGGACAUCACCAUGGUGAAAUCCAUGAAGAGUCCCCCACCCGCCGUGAAGUUGGUGAUGGAGGCGAUCUGCGUGAUGCUCAACGUGAAGUCUGAGAGGAAACCCGACCCGGGUGGCUCAGGCAAGAUGAUAGAGGACUUCUGGACACCGUCGCAGAAGAUUCUCAGUGAUUUCAAGUUCCUCGACAAACUGAAGGCCUACGACAAGGACAACAUCGGGCCACCCAUCAUGAAGAAAAUCAGAGAAAAGUAUGUGACUAACCCGGAGUUUGACCCAACCCUCAUCAAGAAUGCCUCGACUGCUUGUGAAGGUCUGUGUCGGUGGGUACGAGCCAUGGACGUGUAUGAUCGUGUGGCGAAGGUGGUCGCACCCAAAAAGGAGAAGCUGGCCCUGGCUGAGGCCGAGUUGGCCGAACAGAUGGAGAGACUGAACGAGAAGAGAAGUCAGCUGCAGCUUGUGUCUGACAAGCUUCAGGCGCUGAAUGAUGAGUUUGAGGCGAUGAAUGAGAAGAAGAAGGAACUGGAGGAUAACAUCGACUUGUGCUCGAAGAAGCUGGACCGCGCAGAGAAGCUGAUUGGGGGACUGGGGGGUGAGAAGUACCGGUGGACGGAUGCGGCGCGCCUGCUUGGAGAGAAGCUUGUCAACAUCACAGGCGAUGUGUUGCUAUCAUCCGGGGUUGUCGCCUACCUCGGAGCCUUCACCGUCGACUUCAGACAGGACAUCAUGAAGGAGUGGCACCGAAUGUGUAAGGAAAAGGACAUCCCAUGUUCCGAGAUCUUCUCCCUGAACCAGACACUCGGCGAACCCGUCAAGAUUCGAGCCUGGAACAUCGCGGGGCUGCCCGUCGACACCUUUAGUGUGGACAACGGCAUCAUCGUCAGCAAGUCACGGCGCUGGCCACUUAUGAUAGAUCCACAAGGUCAAGCAAACAAAUGGAUAAAGACUUUGGAGAAGGAGAACAAACUGGAGAUCAUCAAGCUGACAGGCGCCAACUACAUGCGGAGUAUGGAGAACGCCAUCCAGUUCGGCUCCCCCAUCCUGCUGGAGAACGUCGGGGAGGAGCUCGACCCCAUCCUGGAGCCCAUCCUCCAGAAACAGACCUUCAAGCAGCAGGGCGUUGAUUACAUCCGCCUCGGGGACAACGUCAUAGAGUAUAGCCAGGACUUCAAGCUGUACAUCACCACGCGGCUACGCAACCCACACUACCUCCCGGAGGUGUCCGUCAAAGUGUGUCUGCUGAACUUCAUGAUCACCCCCCAGGGUCUGGAGGACCAGCUGCUGGGGAUCGUGGCCGCGAAGGAGAAACCCGAACUGGAGGAGAAGAAGAAUGAGCUGAUCAUAGAAAGCGCAGACAACAAGAAACAACUCAAGGAAAUCGAGGAUAAAAUCCUUGAAGUUCUCUCAUCAUCAACGGGUAACAUCCUGGAGGACGAGAGUGCCAUCAAGAUCUUGUCCUCGUCCAAGGUUCUGUCGGAGGAGAUUUCGGCCAAACAGGAAAUUGCUGCAGCGACGGAGAUUGAGAUUGACGAGACGAGGAACGGAUACAAGCCGGUGGCUGUGCAUUCCUCCAUUCUCUUCUUCUGUAUCUCUGACCUUGCCAACAUAGAGCCCAUGUACCAGUACUCACUCAACUGGUUCAUCAAUCUCUACCUGCAGUCGAUCAUCAACAGCACCCCGUCUGAAGACCUGGAGGAGCGCAUCUUCAACCUCAAUGACCACUUCACCAACAGCAUCUACCGCAACGUGUGCCGCUCGCUGUUUGAGAAGGACAAGCUACUCUUCUCCUUCAUCCUGUGUGUCGGCAUCAUGAAGGGACAGGGGAGGAUCGAGGAAGCCAUCUGGCGAUUCUUGUUGACAGGAGGUGUGGCUCUUGAAAACCCGUUUCCAAACCCCGCCCCCGAGUGGCUGUCAGACAAGUCGUGGUCGGAGAUUGUGAGGAUAUCAGAUAUUUCGUCCCUGAGUCAGUUCAAGACUCACUUCCAAGAACAUGUGGAUGAAUGGAAGAAGUUCUAUGAUUCAUCGUCACCCCACGAAUUCCCUCUUCCCGCUCCAUUUAAUAAUAUGGGUGGUCUUAAGAGAAUGGCCAUACUGCGGACUCUGCGACCCGACAAGGUGGUGCCGGCCACACAAGACUUCAUUGUCGACAACCUCGGCCAGUCGUUUAUUGAACCUCCAACCUUUGACCUUCCUGGAUCAUUUGCUGACUCGAACUGUUGUGCACCUCUCAUCUUCGUGCUGUCUCCAGGAGCAGAUCCCAUGGUGGCCUUGCUCAAGUUUGGUCAGGACAAUGGGUACAGUGGUGACAGAAUUCAGACCAUCUCCCUCGGACAGGGACAGGGACCUAUAGCAGCAAAGAUGAUCGACACUGCUAUAGCAAAUGGCACCUGGGUUGUCCUGCAGAACUGUCACUUGGCCACAAGCUGGAUGCCAAAACUUGAAAAGAUAUGUGAGGAGAGUAUUAUUCCAGAAAACACACACAAGAACUUCCGACUUUGGUUGACGAGUUACCCUUCCGAUCAGUUCCCGGUCUCCAUUCUACAAAAUGGUGUCAAGAUGACGAACGAGCCCCCAAAAGGAAUGAGAGCCAAUCUGCUGAGGUCUUACUUGAAUGACCCCAUUUCUGAUCCAGCUUUCUUUAAUGGCUGCAACAAGCCAUUGAAAUGGCACAAUAUGCUGCUAGGCUUGUGUUUCUUCCACGCGAUGGUACAGGAGAGAAGGAAGUUUGGACCAUUGGGCUGGAACAUCCCAUACGAGUUCAACGAGUCCGAUCUAAGGAUCAGCAUGAGACAGAUGCUUAUGUUCCUCAAUGACUAUGAAGAGCUCCCCCUACCGGCGCUGACCUACCUGACGGGCGAGUGCAACUAUGGUGGGCGUGUCACUGACGACAAGGACAGACGACUCCUCCUGUCUCUGCUCUCUAUCUUCUACACAGAGAAGAUCAUCUCAGAGGAGAAAUACGAAUUCUCUCCCAGUGGGAUCUACUGCUGUCCAAAGGCAGAAACGUAUGACGAAUUCGUAGAAUACAUCCGGUCUCUGCCACUACUUCCCAACCCAGAGGUGUUUGGACUGCACGAGAAUGCAGACAUCACCAAGGACAACCAGGAAACCAACCAGCUGUUUGAGAGUAUUCUGCUGUGUUUACCCCGUCAGUCGGGAGGAGAAGGCAAGUCUUCAGGUGACAUCCUGCAGGACUUGGCUACAGACAUCCUGUCUAAACUACCGGCCAACUUUGACCUGGAAUAUGUGACAAACAAAUUCCCCGUGCUGUAUGAUGAGUCUAUGAACACCGUGUUGCGCCAGGAACUGAUCCGCUUCAACCGACUGACAGCCGUUGUGCGCACGUCCCUGCAGGACUUACAGAAAGCCAUCAAGGGUCUGGUGGUGAUGUCAUCCGACCUAGAGGAGGUGUUCAACUCCAUGCUCAUUGGCAAGGUGCCGGGCGUCUGGGCGUCCAAGUCGUAUCCAUCACUGAAACCACUCGGUGGAUACAUCACUGACCUGUUAGCAAGGCUGCACUUCUUCGAGGACUGGAUAGAAAACGGAGCACCUGCCACGUUCUGGCUGUCUGGUUUCUACUUCACACAGUCUUUUCUCACAGGUGUGUCCCAGAACUAUGCCAGGAAGUACUGUAUUCCCAUUGAUUUGGUUGGCUUCGAGUUCGAGAUUACCAGCGAGGAGAAAAAAAUGUCUGAGAAAGCGGAGGAUGGUGCUUUUGUUUACGGUCUGUUUUUGGAAGGAGCGCGGUGGGACCGAGUCAAAGGCUGUAUUGGAGAAUCUCUACCCAAGAUUCUGUUCGACACCAUUCCGGUUAUCCAGCUGAAGCCGAAUGAGAUGUCAAAGUUCACGAAGCGGCCAAUCUAUGUGUGCCCAGUUUACAAGACGAGUGCAAGACGUGGUGUUCUGUCGACAACGGGCCACUCGACCAACUUCGUACUCUACAUCGACAUUCCAUCGGACAUGCCAGAGAGUCACUGGGUCAACCGCGGAGUUGCAGCCCUUUGUCAGCUGGAUGACUAGCUGUGGAGUUACCUCCCUCCAUUGUGGCUGGUUGUGACAAAUUAGGACAGUUGACGUGCUGGUGUCGAGUUGACACGUGUUGGAGUAACUGUUGAUGUGAUUGUUGAGAAGGAAACGUUUCGAGCAGUGGUUUAUUAUUUGGCAUCACUUUUAAAGACCUGGCGAAUGAACUUCUAGAUGUUAUAAUUACUGACACAGAUUUUCUUGUUUGUAUUAAUGACAGGUCUUUCAGAUGCACAUCCAGUUAUGUAUAUUUAUUGAGAGAAUUGCUUAGUGAUAAUUGGGUGGAAUGGUAUUAAAUACUAACAUAUGAAAAUAUUCAAUGUUUAAACAACUUGAAACUUUUCCCUGUGGGUAAGAAAGAAGGGAACAUAACUCCUUGUGUCAAAAAUAUACAAAAAUUAUGUAUGAAUACAUGUGUUGUGAAAUUUAAAAAAACUCAAAUAAUUAUAGUUAAAUUUUAAAAUUAAUAUUUCUACUAGACAUUACCGUAAUUGAAAAUUCAAAUGAAAGGCUCCAUAUUAAUUGCAGGAAGAGGAAGCACAGAUGGGAGGGGUAAAAAAAAACACUUUAAAAUUCCGGCAUUAGGUAGCUUUUGCAAACAACCGAUUUUAUUUUUAAAAAGUGUAGCUGCUAAAGAAUUAAAAAACUCUUUUUAUUUUCAUUCUCGUUAGCAGGAAUUGUGUUGAAAUAAGUGUUAAUGUAGCAUGAGUUUAAAUCAUUGGACAGUUUUACAAAAUACACAAAUAUCAACUUAGGCAUUUUACCACUGUAUAUCGGUGUACAGUAUUAUCGGCAUGCCUUUUCAACGUGCGAUCCCAUGCACUUUCAUUUGUUGUGGUGGGGUUUUUUGGGGGUGGGGUUUGGGGGUGUUAGUAAAUGCUUUGGAACAUUUUCCAGCGUCUUAGGGAAAGCCUUUAACCAUUUUACCAUAUCUUUAAGGCAGAGGAUUCAGUGUGUAAAUUAUAGAAAGGAACGGUGUCUACAAAGUAGAAUAGAACUGUCAAAAUAAGGAAUUUGUGUUUAACAAGUGUGGUUGGAAGGAAUUUGUGUUAACAAGUGUGGGUUUUUUUUUUAUAUAUUCAGUUCUAAUUUGAUUUAGUAGUGGCAUACUUUGAAAACUAAUAUGAUCCUAUAAUGUAUUAUUGUAGUUUGAGCAUGAUGUCAUAGCCAUACAAUGUGGCUGCCUGGGUGAAUGGGUUAUGAGCCAAGACACCUGCUGCAGUUGUCAUGUGGGGCCAUUUCUAUUAGAUUACUGGUUACCAACAAGGUGUCUUUUAUAUACAGUUCUCCACAAACAGAACAACACAUGCUACAGGAUUUUAUAUCCCAGUAUGCAGUUGGGAAUAACCCGGCAGAUUCACACAGAGAAUUGGCAUAGCCAGGAUUUUAAUGGGGGCUGGGAGAGGGGACCUCAUCAUGUGUCAUGUUAUAGGAUACAGGGAAAUAUUGAAGGUGGUGGGGGGGGUGGAAGAGGUGUGAUUUGGGGUGAGGCCAUGGCCCACACUUUGGCUACUCCAGUGCAACAGAGAUCCAUUGUAUGACCUACUAAACUUCAAGAAAACAUUUUAACCACUUGCCUGCAUUCCUGCUCUAUCAAAACAAAUAGAAAUGUAAAUACUGUAAUGAGCUCCAUGUGCUAAUCCUAAUCGUUCAUUAUUUUUGUGAAUAUAUUUAUUUUUAUUUUUAAUAUUGGGAAUGGAAUCCACAGUACCUAAUAUUUUGAUUCUGUUUUAUAAUAUAUACUGGAACAUUUUAUGGAAUAUUAUACAUUAUUGGUUACAAGUAAAAGUGUUCCAAACUGUUCUCUCAGAACUACCUUUCAGUUUUAGAUGAAUGUUUUAAUGUUGUCUGUGAUAUGUAGAUAGAAUAUUAACAAAAAUAUUAAGUUUCAUCUAGUAAUAUAUAUUAUAUACAAAUAUACUUGAGCAUAAAUAAAUCUCCCACAACUGCUGAAACUCAAAACCUCUAUACAGGCCACUUAUGGAGCUGCACAUUUUUGCUUUCAACAGGUGGCCUAUCUAUAGAGGUAACAAAUACCAUUGUUUAUAUAAUUGAUAUACCAGCACGGAGGAUUGUUUUAGACAGGUGGUUGUUAUAGAAGAUUUGUUUAACAGCUAGUUCAAUUGUACAGUUUACUUAUUGUUUUUAAUAUUCUUUGCCUAAUUAUUAUUCAUAUACAAAUAAUUUAUUAUAGAUUAUAGCUGCUGCAGAUUAUAUGCAAAUACAUACUGAGAGAUGAAUAUUCAGAAGAUAAUUAUUUAUUUUAGAUAUGUUUACAUCUUCAAUGCUGACAAAACAAAGACGUGUGUGUGGCUUAACACAAUGUUUAUUGUAAAGUGUUUAAUAUACAUGACGUUUUAGAAAAGUUGCACAUGACUGAAGAAUCAGUAAAUUAUGUUUGUAUAAUGUUUGCUAAAUGUAUGUUAUGUCCAUGUACCAUUAAUACAUGUACCAUUAAUCAGCUGAAAUGUCACGAGCUAGCAGUAGCUGAUACUGUUGACAGUUCCAUCCACAAACUAUUUUGCUGUGUUGGUUGUUUACAGCUGUUAGCAAAGUGUGAGACACAAUAUUUUUCAUAUAUAUAUUUGGAAAGAUUUUUUACUCUAAAACACUGCUGGUUUUACUUCUUGGCAUUUUGUAUAAAUUUACACACUAUUUAUUUUGAUGUUAUUAUCCAUUUGAAAUGUAUAACAUGAUAUGUAAAAUUUAUACUGUAUAUAUGUCUUUUAAACUGACAUUUCACAGAGUGUGUUGUUACUUGUGUGUGUAUUUUGGUAUGCAUUCAUUUAAUAUUACUUUAAAUUAGUGUAUAGCUUGUUGCCUAUGUCACAAACAUUAUUAAUAAUAUUUUAUUGUUCUUGUGGGGUAUACAACUAGUAACAGUUCUUAUUGCUACAAUUUGAAAAACUGCUUGGUGUGUGUUUUAACAUAGACUUGUUAUUUGUGUACAGUGAAUUAUGAAAAUGUAAAUAUAACUAAGGUAUUUAUUGGACCAAACUUAGUCAUCACAGGGUUGAACGUUUGUGGGUAAUAUGUUAUAGGGUCCAUUGUUUUUUGUUUUUCACUCUUAACUGAUUGUUACUGUAGUGUUUUACAAAACAUGACCAAGAAUUUCUGGUAUUCUUUGUGUAGUCAUUGUUAGGAGUCUUAAUAUUGUUUUAUUUCAAUUCAUUAAAAACAAAUAACAUUAAGUGUUUCUAAUAAUAUAAUAUAUUUUGUAAUGUGCAAAAAAAAAGCCAAAACCAUUUUCUGUAUUCCUGCUGCUUCUUUUUUAAAAGUAUCCACUUAGUAAACUUGUGGUAUAUGCUGUCCUGUCUUUGGCAAAGGUAUUUUGGUCACAUAAGCACUAUUCUGCUUAUUAAUGAGUAGUGCCACUCACAUAAGCACUAUUAUGCUUAUUAGUAGUUCAGCUCACAUAAGCACUAUUGUGCUUAUUAGUGAGUAGUUCAGCUCACAUAAGCACUGAUGUGCUUAUUAGUGAGUAGUUCUGCUCACAUUAACACCGUUUUGCUUAUGAGUGAGGGAUUCUGCUCACAUAAGCAAAAUAGUUCCAGAGGACAGUAGCUACCACAAAUCUAUUACAAGGUUCUUACAGUCUAUUGCAUUUUCAGUUGGUCUCAACCACCAGUAUUGUUUGCUUUUUCUUGUCUUGGUUUAUAGUUUGAUUAAACUGGUGUCUUAGCUUUGAGUGAGAUUGAUUUACACACCAAGUUUGUUUCUCCACCCACCCAUCAUGUUUCAUUAGUCAUUUGUUAUAUUCCCCCACCCCCAAAAGCUGCUGAUGUUUAGGUUUUGUUAUAAAUCAAAAUAUAUAAUUGCAGAAUCUGUGAUAAAGUGUGCUAACAGCUUGUGUUUUUUUUCCCAGAAAAUAUUAAAUGUUAACCCAUG